CAAAAUUUCAAAUAUUAGUAGACCUCUGAUGUCAGACUCGGAUAGUCACCGUUCGGAUUCGGCCCUAGACCAAGAGUUCCUCUUCUACUUGUCUCUUGCCGAUAAACUCGUUUGUCACAAAGAUUUGAAGCAGUGUCAAAAAUGGUUCGAAAAGUUGUGCAGCAAACUUUACACCAGCCGCGAGGCAAAGAAGCGCCGAAAUAAUUACUUGAUUCGGCUCCUUAUCGCUCUCCAUAGAAACCGCUUGGAGACUCCGUUUGACCAUUCACCCCCCGCAGGAGUUUUAUCCUCCCCUGAGGAGGUGUUCCCAGAGGCAAUGCCAGAGACAGAGGGAGCGGAUGUCUUCUCAGACCGGACGGAUAGCACAUACACCGUGAGCAAGCCACUUUAUAUACAGGGUGAUGUUUGCGGUGGCUCAGAUGUGUCUGUUGGAAAGGAAAGGAACGCCGAAUUGGAAGACAGCGCUGUUCAGAGCCCAAAAAUUGAAUCCUCUGCGAGUGAAUCCAGAAUCUUCAGCGAUCGGUCCGGAGAAAUCAGUGAAAGGUCGGCUGAAUCGACAAAAACGCGUGUUAAAAUUCGGAGGAAACUAACUCGGAAAAGGUCAAAAUCAGUUCCUUCAAAGCUCCUUUUCGAUACUUCAAAAAAACUUCGCGGCGGCACCUCUGACCUAACUGCGGGAUAUUGUGCGUCUAGUGAGACCCGCGCUAAAAAUUUAGUUCCGAAUUUUUUUGAGUACGCUUUGCCGACAUAUUUCGACGAGCCACAAUUAGCG